AUGGAUGGAUGGAUGGAGGUGAUCAGAACAGAUCAGAGAGAUCUCUCUUACUAUUAUUAUUAUUUGAAAAAAUAUCUACUUUUGUAUUCUAAAUAUCUCCUUUGGAUUUGGUUUGAUGAGGGAAAGAAAGAGAGAGAGAGAGAGAAAGAGAUGUACACAGAAAAGGCAAUAGAGAUAUUACGAGAACUUCGAAGAUCAGAAAGUUUACCUUUAUAUAAUGAAGCAGCAAUCAAGAAAACAAUAGAUGAAAUAAGAGCAUUGGAAAGAGAAUUUAAUGAAUAUAAUGAUGAUGAUGGUGAUGAUGACAAUGAUAAUUAUAGUAGUCAUCACUAUGAUAAAUCAAAGAGUCCUUAUAAUAUAGUUUUAAAGACUAGUGUUGAUAGGAAUAAAAGAUGUAUAUUGGCUUAUUUAAAUGAAAGAUUAGAAAGAAUUAAAGAAUUUAGAUGGAAUAGUGGAAGUGGUGUCUUGGAUAGCCACUUUAAAGAACACAUGUCUGUCAAUGAAAUACAAUUCUUUACCAAUCACGACAAGUUGUUGGCAGAGUAUCAUCAAAAUAUUGGUAUGGAUCUAACAGUAGAUAUCAACCAACCGCCCAAAGACCUGUUGAUAGAGGUACGUGUCAUCAAAGAGUUUGGCGAAGUCAUCUUAAAUUCCGGUGCCACUGUCAAUCUCAAACCGAUCCUACCUUCCCUUCAACAACAACAUAUAGAAAGAGAGAAGACAGGAUUAGUAGCUGUUUUAAUGCUUUUAUUGUUGAAUAUUAGUUACAUUCAUUGUGAAAAAGACCCGAAUACAUUUGAUUGGCCAACUUCAGAAGGAGGGAAUGGUCACACAUACAAAGGAUUAUUUUUGGCUACUCCUUCAAUCACAGAGGCGAUUCGCCUAUGUGAGGGUUCCAAAAGCAGUACAUUUAAAUCAUAUCUUGUCACAAUUGAAUCAAAACAAGAAUGGGAUUUUAUUAAAACCAAUUUGAGUACAACAGCAUGGGUCUCUGGUAAAGACAUCAGAGGUAUUGGGAAUUACACCUAUUCAAGUGGACCAGGAACCAAUCAACCACUAUUUAAUAUGUAUACUGGUCAAUGUUGGGGAUAUUGUCCAUUCGAUGCAGGUGAACCAUCUUUAACUCUUGCUGCUAAAGAUCAAUAUAUUUACAUCAGAAGACCGACUUGGAAUUUUAAUAAUGAUAAUGGUUAUAAUGAUCAAGUUUAUGCAGCAUUAUGUGAAAUACAACCAAUUUCAGAGUAUCUGUUAAUGUUUCAACAUCUAAUAUUCCAUGUAAUAUUAUGUUUGCAUCAUCAAAUCAGAUUUUUUUGUCAACUCGAAACAUCUCUUAAUACAACUACCAAAUUGCUUCCCAUUUCAAUAUCAGUUGAUGAUGUUUAUACUCAAACCUAUAAACCUUAUAUUUUAUGUGACAAACAAUUCCAUUCAACCAUUCUAUUUGGUGGAGAAUAUGAAACAGUCAAUCAAGUAAUGAUUGACAAGGUAAAAAUGGGAGCAACACCAAAUGCUCCAUAUAUUGGUGCAAUAGAAUCUGAAGAAAUGUAUCAAUGUUUUAGUCAAUCAUUGAAUAUCAAAGACUACCAUGAAUUUAGAUUUUGGCAGGGUGUCUCAUACAACAGUAGUGAUAAUAGUUUUACAAGAAAUAAUGGUCCACUCAAAGGGACACCAUCUCCAUUGUAUUAUAAUGAUGAUACUUCAAAUGUUACACCAUCAAAUAAUAUUCUAUAUAAUAUUAAUGAUAGAACCGUGUCAUCCAAGAUUGAAAAUGUUAAUUAUUGCGCACCAUUGAUUACAUUUCAUUUUAGUGAUGCACCGAUGAUUGACAAUAUUACUAGUAUUAUACCUGGACAAGCAUCACAGGUUACAAUCAAUGGUAAUCAUUUUGGAAAAGAUAGUUCAUAUGUUUUGAUUUCGAUUCAAGGAAGUCAAUGUAAAUCACCAAUGUUUAUUGAAAACAACUAUCAACAAAUUAGUUGUUCAUUGGGUAGAGUUGAACCUUAUUCAACCGAUCUAAAUUAUACUGUUAAAAUUGGAGUUGGUGGAAUGCUUACAACCAAAGUUGUAUCUCUUGCGAAAGAGUGUCUUAACAAUUGCUCGUCACAUGGCAUUUUGCAUACCACGUUUGGGUCAUGCAAAUGUAACAGUGGUCAUGAACCCCUAUUGGAUUGUUCAGAGUUGGUCAAUCGUAGUCAGUUACUAAACACAACCGUUUGGGAUAACGGCAUGUCACUUUUAUCAACAGACCAAACGAUUAGUGGUGUGAUUGUCAAUUUCACAACUGGUAUACAAUUCAUUCGUGAAAUCAAUCACGAUAAAUCGGUUAUUAAAACGUUAUCAAUUGACAAUCUCGUGUGGACGCAAGAGGAGGAGAAGACAUCUUCUGGUGAAUUGGAUAUUCAAGUAUCACCAAAUUCAAUCAAGUGCACUGUUAAAAUCAUUAAUUGGGUAUGGUCAUCACCGAUCAAUACAUUACAGGUGAUAUUCCAUACACAAUCAGAUUCAGUAGAAUUUGACAAGUGUGGUAAGCUAAAAGUCAGAAGUGAUAUAUCUCGUGGUGAUCAGAUUAUAUGGACCAGAGUUCAAGUUGGAAGAACACUAUUAAACUGUAAAAUAGCAAGUAGAAUGGUUAUCGACAACUCGACAAUCAUUCCAUCCAAAGUAACACUUCUCACAAACGAUGAUCCAGUCGCUCAACAAAUCUGGAAAAGUCGAAAAUUCAACCUUUUAACCACAUUCCACAUACCUAGAUUCUCUCAAUCGGUUGAACUCGAUCCCGUCUUCAACGCACUCAUUCUUGGAGAUGACUCCAAUCUGCCAUAUGAGUGUACUGAAGAGACAUCUGACCAAUGGACAUUUAUCAUAGUCGCUGUUGUCUUAUCGGCUGCACUACUCUCUAUUAUAGUAGUAGUGUUAGUCAUUGUAUUCAUAAAACGACCACCAACAAACAGACCACCAAAUAGAGAAGCCCCAAUAGAAAUGGAUAUAAUAACAAGUACAGAAGAUAUCAACACCUACCAACAACAACAACAACAACAACAACAAAAUAAUAAUGAAUAUUAA